AUGGCAGCACAGCUGUUGACACUUAAACUCAUUCGUUCUGAUAGCUCUAUUCAGUGGGGCUUUCGUCUUGAAGGAGGCGUAGAUGUCGGACAUCCGCUGAAUAUUCAAAGAAUUACUGAUGGUAGUGUAGCCGAAAGAUGCGGACUUCGAGCAGGGGACUAUGUUCUUCGUAUAAACAAAACCGACACUCGGAAUCUUACUCAUGAACAGGCUAAGAUGGAAAUUAUUCGCUCGAGCAAUGACUUUGAGAUCCUCGUUCAACGUGGAGGCGCGCCACCACAGUUUAAAACAACGACUACUUCAACUAUCAUUCAGCCUAUGUCAGCAAAGGUUGAAGAAACCGUUAUUCGUAGAGUUAUGAAUAAUGGACAGGCCAAUUUGAAGUCUGCUUUCGCUGCACCUUAUGUCCCUCCUGUUGGUGCCUCCCAUAACGUCAACCCAGUACCUUUCGGGCAAGCCCCAUUACCCGGUCAGCCAGUUGUCGUUCGUAAUCAAGAAGGAAGAACACACCGCAUUCUACACUCGGAAUAUAACUCACCUAUGGGACUUUAUUCUCAACGAAAUGCAACCACAUCUUUCGAGAACGCUCUUUCACAAACUGGGGCCACGUCACCCAGUAGUGGAGCGCCAAAGUUAACUUGUGGUGCCUGUGGUGGACCGAUCGCGGGUGUCAUGGUAAAAGUUCAUGGUUCAAUUCCCAUGCAUCCGGAUUGUCUGAUAUGUUCUGUCUGCAGGAUUAACCUUCGUAACGUAGGGUACUUCUAUAUUAACGACAAACUCUACUGUGAAACUCAUGCGCGCAAAGUGUCUCCACUACCCAAUCAAGGAAUGCGAGCUGGAGUGAUGUACAAGUAG